AUGAAUCAUAAUCACAUGGGCAGAACUCUGCCUACCCUCGCUCCAGGGCCACGCGGCGCGUUUGCAGCCCCAGUGACAACAAUAGCAAAGUCAAGGAAGAACUCCACUGCUUGCACGUCAUGUAAGGCUGCGAAGAGGAAGUGUAGCGGACGCCCGGCCCCUUGCAAAGCAUGUCAAACCUCCAAAGUUGCAUGUGUUUUCGAUGAAUCUCUCGACCUUAGACGCAAAGUCGCCGUGAGACGCACUCAGGGGGAGCUUCAACACUAUAAGGGCUUGUUGACCAGCCUGUUCAACAAGAUUCGCGAUGCAGACGAGGCUGAUACCUAUGAGAUCCUGGAAGCCAUUCGUUGCAAUGAGUUCGAGGAUAUUGCCACGGCAGUCGAGGGCCUUGAGCUGCCCAGCACGGAGGAGACCAGCAGCGACUCAAGCUCAAGCUCGGAGGGCUCGGAGAGUGAGGAGGCGGAAGAUGACAGUGAAUUUCCGAAAGAGCUCUCGGACCCCGAGAAAACCAUGCGCUUAACAAUCGAGAGGCUCUGUGAUACUCCUUUGUACCAGGUACCAUCAUCUUGGACCUAUUGCGACGCUGAUGACUUUGUCGUUUCGCACCUCGUAUCCCUGUACUUCACUUGGGAUCAUCCAUUUUCCCAGAUCCUUGAUCAGGAUUCGUUCCUAAUCGACAUGGGCGACCCGCGCUUCUGCACACCACUUCUCGUGAGCAGCAUUCUAGCAGUCGCAGCAACGUAUUCCGAUUAUCCAAAAAUCUGUGCUAUCCGAGGCAUCGAUUUUACACGUGGCCAAAAUUUUUUUGAGGAAGCAGAAAGGCUAUGGAAGGCAGAGCGGGGCCGGCCUACAUUAGCCAAUAUUCAGGCAGUGACCUUGAUGAGCCGUUUUCUGCAAUUUCAGGGCCAACGACAAGCCAGCUGGCUGAUGCUAAAACAAGCUGUACAACUUGCCAAAGACAUCGGACUGUUCCAUUCCCCGAGGAGGCACUGGGGAUCAGACAUGCCGGUCAAGACCCGACAUGUCUAUGCAGUUGCCGCCUGGGGACUGUACAUAAUGAACUCGGAAAUGUCAUUUGAGCGCGGCAGGGCCCCAGAUCUUGAGCCUCCGUGGUGUAACCCUGACACGGCGUAUGCUUACGACAAAGGAUUCAUGUGGAGUGCAUACCCGCGUUUCAAGGAGGAUGAUUUCCAAGAUCUGCCAGCCCAACUCGGUGCAACUUUCAACCGCACGAUCCUUCUAGCAAAGAUCGCUGUGAAGAUUCAGGAGUUCUUGUUUAUCGAAUCAUGGGGCAUGUCGAAAUCUGAAAUCGAAGCAACGGCAAAUGACUUGAUGAAUCAAUUGCAACUCGUGAUAGAAGGCCUACCCGCCUCAGAGGCUGAGCAACGAGAGCUUCCACAUGUCCUACUUGUGCAGUGA